AAUAAAUCCAAAUAGGACUAGUUGGUUUUCGAGCUACUACUAUCUUGUUCUUAGUGAUGGAUUCAGCUACACUCCUUAAUGUUUAGCAGCGCUUAUCACGGUCAAGAGAGUGAAUCCAUACCACAAGUGUCUCUACCAUGCUCUGAUUACAAUAUUAAGCAGAGGACCACUUACACUCUGAUGGUGAUUUUAGACAUGUUUUACAGCACAAAAUUGCUAGAGUGAGGAAUAAAGGGUCCAUAGUAUGUAUGUGUGAAAUGUGAACAAUUCUUCCAACUUAGAAGCCAGCACUGUCACUUUAAUUAUGAGCACACAAAACGAGGCUUCUGUUUCUUUUCCAUCAUUGCAGUUACCAGCUUAACACUUUUUGUCUCAAUGUCUCAUGUUUUAUCCUUGAAUUCCUCAAUAACAAUACACUGGCAGUAGUAGUAGUAGUAGAACACAAGUCUAGGUAAAGAAAGGGAAGAUGGACUUUGAUAUUGAAGACCCACUAGCUAGUUUCAAAGAACAGAAAACAUGUACUCCUAUAUCAGAACUCUUUGCCUCGGAAUCUGAUCACAUGCCCUCACCAAACUGCUCAAGUUCAACACAUUUUCACGUUUUCCAAUGUGAAGCCAUUUCUCUCACACUUCAGGUCCAGCUUUCUUGCAAUUUGGACCCAUUUGUAGCUUAUCUUGCUAUAAAUUACUUGCACCGCUUCAUGUCAAUCCAAGAAAUUCCGCAGAAGAAGCCAUGGUUACUCAAGCUUGCUGUCAUAUCCUCUCUUUCUCUCGCUUCAAAGAUGAUGAACACACCUAUAUCAUUUUCCAUUAUGCAGAAAGCAGGUUGCAACUUUAAGGCUGAAAAUAUUCAGAGAAUGGAACUUAUCAUUCUGGGGGCUCUGAAUUGGCGUAUGAGGUCAAUAACACCUUUUCCCUUCUUGCAUUUCUUCAUCUCUUUAGCUGAAAUCAAGGACCAAUCACUGAAGCAAGCACUUAAAGAGAGAGCUUCAGAGAUAAUCUUCAAUGCUCAUAAUGACAUUAAGCAUUUAGAGUAUAAACCUUCAACUAUUGCAGCAACUGCCCUUAUCUGUGCAUCUCAUGAACUAGUCCCCCAGCAAUAUUCUGUUUUGAGAGCUUCAAUUACAGCUUGUGAGCAUGUAGACAAGAUAUUGGUGGUGGUUGAUGUAGGAGACAUUGUCCAAGUGUUUCGAUUUGAUGCAAGAGAUGGUGAGAGUAGAAGCACUGAUGGUAGAUACUACUAGCAGCACUGAAACUCCAGUGAGUGUGCUGGACAGAAGCACCAAAAGGCAGAGAAUUUGAUGGUCUCAGUUGCAGAAACAAAUUCCAAUUUUCUCAAACUUGGAAGCUGAGGGAAAACAAUCUUAUUCUGUGAUCAUGUGUUUUCUGUUCAUGUUUCCACUCAGUCCACAAAAAGAGACAGCAGAGAGGGCUACAAGGUCUUGAUUUGGAACAUGGAGUUGAGAGAUCCAUACACUCAUGAGAGUGCCAAAAAAAGAAAAACUGGUGUACUUUGCAGAAAAUGAAAUUCAGAAAUUAUUGAAAACAUAAUGUGGGGGUUAAUUUGAAUCCGAUUAAACAUUUAUUAAGGUCACCACAGAAUUAUAUCUUUACCUGGUA